CCUUAUCAUAUCCGGAAACGGUGUGAUUUCAUUUCCGGCAUUUCCGCUUUAAAUAAAAACACGUGUGAAAAGCAGGGAACAGGGGAACAUCGAACAGAUAUUUGAAAUCGUUGAAGACAUGAGGGGAUCCCUCUUGAAUACUUGCAUUUAGUGACUACAAACAGGGAGCCAUAUAUUUUCACUAUGGAUGAUAUAGAGAAAGCCAUGGGGUUGCUGACAGACGUGGAUAAGGGGGCCACUGCUGCCUGUCAGCAGAUCCAGUCAAUGUUAGAUAGAGCAGAGAAGGGCGAAAUCAACACUUCAAAGGGGCUGAGUUUCCUGGAGAUGAAAUACCAGAUGCUGUUGAGCUACUUAAUCAACCUGACUUAUGUGAUGUUACAGAAGGCGAGGGGAAAGUCGAUACAGGCUGAUCCAGCCAUCUUCAGGCUCACGGAGAUACGCACGGUGCUAGAAAAGUUACGCCCAAUUGACCAAAAACUAAAAUACCAAAUUGAUAAGCUUAUCAGGACCGCCAUCACUGGGGACACUGGUGCUGCAGACCCACUGAGAUUUAAGGCCAACCCAGACAACCUGAUUAACAAGUUGGAGGGUGAAGAUUCAGACGAGGAGUCUGGCUCCGAUGAAGAGGAAAAGGAAAAGAAACCUCGUGCUUACGUACCACCUAAGCUUGCAGCUGUUCAUUACGAUGGCGAUGAGACUGUUGAGGAGAAAAAACAGCGUCACAUGGAGAAAGCUCAGAGGCGUGCAGCGAGCAGUAGCUUAGUGAGGGAGAUGACAAACCAGUUAACUGAUGCUCCCGAGGAAAUACAGGAAUCUCGUGAUCUGCACAGAUCUAAAGUGGACAAGAGGACAAAGGAAAUUAAGGAAUAUGAAGAACAAUUUUUCACUCGAGUGUCUAUAUCUAAAAAGGAGAGGAAUGAAGCACGGAGAGUGGGCACCAUGUCAUCGCUGAACAGUCUGACACAGUUUGAUGAUAUCAGUGCCAUAAUGGGAGAAGGAGGAGAUUUGACACAUCAGGAUGGUCCCUCACGAAAGAAGCAGAAAAAAGCUGGCAAGGGCAAGAAAGGAAAGAAAGGCGGAUUCAAGAAGAAAAAGCGAAAGUUUUAAAAGAACAAUGACAGUGUUAUUUUAUUUGUUAAUAAACAAGUAUAUUAUA